AUGAAUCCAGACACCUUGCAAGUCUUGCAGAAGGAACUCACCUGCUCCAUCUGCAUGAACUACUUCCUAGAUCCGGUCACCUUAGACUGCGGGCACAGCUUUUGCCGUUCCUGCCUCUGGCUCUUCUGGGAGGGGUCCCCAUCUCCAAUGUGCUGUCCUAAUUGCAAACAAGUGUCUGAGAAGCCAAAUUUCAAAACCAACAUCCAACUCAGGAACAUGGCUUCCCUAGGCAGACAGGCCAGAGCUGACUCCAUCAACAGCUCUGAGGAGCAGAUCUGUGUGGCACAUGAUGCAGGAAAUUUGGUCUUUUGUGACGCUGAAAGGAACCUGCUCUGUUGGAACUGCUCUGAUUCCCUGGAGCACAUGUUUCACAACCAUCGCCCAACACAAUGGGCUGCUGUGGAAUACAGGGAGGAACUUCGCAAGAGAAUGGGCAUCUUAUGGAAUAUGGCUCAAGAAAUGCAAAACAAUGUGAAGAUAGAAGGCAGCAAAGCUGAGUCAUUGAAGGAGUAUGUGGCCCUUAGGAAGGUGAUGAUCAGAGCUGAAUAUCAGAAGAUUCAUAAGUUUCUAUAUGAGGAGGAGCGCCUCCAACUGGACACGACAGAGAGAGAAUCAAAGGAGAUCUACCAACAACUGGAGGAAAGCAAAAUCAGAAUGACCCGACAGACCGAAAACCUGAGAGAAGUGUUCAGAGAGCUGUUGGAAAUAUUCCAAAAGCCAGAUGUGGAAAUGCUCCAGGAUUUGGGAACUGUGAUGGAAAGGACCGAAUUGGUGCGGAAUCAAAAGCCUCAACCAGUGAAUUCGGACCUCACUUCCUGGUGCUGCAAUGGACUCCUGGACUUGCUGAACAAGUUCAGAGUGGAUAAUGUCCUGAGUCAUGGAACCAUCAGUAUGUGCAUGAACCUUUCUGAGGAUGUGAGGGGUAUGCUGUUUGGAAAUGGCCAGCCCAACACGUCCAGGGAGCCCCAGAGAGUGCGGAGCUUUGCGACAUGGGGAACGCAUACCUUCACCUUUGGUAGACAUUACUGGGAGGUGGAUGUGCCACGCAACUUGAGUUGGGUUCUCGGAGUCUGUAAAGAUAUCAUCAAAAGAGAUACCAAUUUCAUUAUUGAUUUUGAAGAAGCUUCUUUUCUAUUUUCAUUGAAGCUGAAUGGUCAUUAUUAUCUCUCCACUAACCGCCCACUCUUAGUUCAUCAUGUGAAAAUGCCUGUGGGUAAGAUUGGAGUGUACCUGGAUUAUGACAAAGGAAUUGUGAGCUUCCAUGAUGCUGGCAAUGGGUCCCUCUUAUGUAGUUUAGCUACUUCCUCCUUCUCUUCUCCUCUGAAGCCUUUCCUCUGCUUUGAAGCUUCAUGA